ACUAACAGUUAGUAGAGCCUUGGAACUUAAAGCGAACGGACGUUUCGGAGUUGAAAUUCGGUGGAUUUAAGAAAAAUUCAUGAUAUAAUAUAUAACGGUUAUUGUUAAAAGUGAGAAAAUUAGAGAAAUUUAAUAUUUUCUUGCAUAAGCGUGAGAAAAUCUUAUUCUAAACGGUGCGAGAGUUUAAAGUAUUAUUUUAAGUGCAUAGUGUUGUUGUUGAAAAAAAUUGGUGAAAGGAUUUACGUUUUGAAAAAAUAAUAAUUAUUACAUAUUAACAAGGAUUUUUUAUUCUCUCUGCCACUAAUUUACGAGCUAUAAUCACGCUUCGCUCCAGCAGUGAGCCACCGCGGUUUGCUGCGCGUAAAAUGGCACAAAACGGUUGUUGGUCAAGCAGUAGUGGUGGCAGCUCAUCCUCGUCGGCAGCGCAGAGUCGUGGACUAGCGACAGCAAACGGGCCGCAAGAGGAACGUUUAGUGGUUGUGGUUCGAGUGCGGCCCAGCGAUGAAAGCACCGACCAUUGCAUUGAUGUGAUUUCUGAGAAAUCACUGUUGUUUGAUGAUGGUGGUAAAAGUCGGCCGCGGCAAUACUCGUACGAUCAUGUUUUCAAAGAAACCGACACGCAGGAAAAGGUCUAUAAGAAAACGACGGCGCCUUUGGUCAAAGAUGUGCUCAAUGGCCUUAACGCGGCGGUAUUCGCUUAUGGCGCAACCGGUUCUGGCAAAACACACACCAUGUUGGGACCUUGCCGUAAGAAAGUCACUUCAACAGCCACUGAACGUGGCGCCACCGCAGCUUACGAUGUCGAUGCCAAUAACAAUGAGAGUGGACUGAUGGUACGCGCUAUCGAAGAAAUAUUUAAAAAUAUCGACGAUACGUCGAAUAAUGGUAGCAAGGUAUCCAUUUCCUACUUGGAAAUAUACAAUGAGCUUAUACGUGAUCUGCUGAAUCCUGGCGGACCGCUUGAACUGCGUGAAGAUAAUCGUGGUCAACGCAUAACCGUCGCCGGUCUCUCCGAGAUCACCACGACGAGUCGGCAAGAGGUCGUUUCACUGUUGCUCAAAGGCAACAAAGCACGCACCAUGGAGCCGACAGCAGCGAACCAAACAUCAUCGCGCAGCCAUGCGUUGCUCAGCAUUACAGUACAGACGAAAACUCCGUUGGGCACAAAACAAGGUCGUCUCUUUCUCACCGAUCUGGCAGGCUCGGAACGCGCAAAGAAGACAAAGAAUCGUGGUAAGCGUCUACAAGAAGGUGCACACAUCAAUCGCAGUCUACUGGCGCUUGGCAAUUGCAUCAAUGCGCUGUCGGGUGGUGCGCGUUACGUAAACUAUCGUGAUUCGAAGCUGACACGUUUAUUAAAGGAGGCGUUAAGUGGCAAAUGCAAGACCGUUAUGAUUGCGCAUGUCGCACCCGAAGCAAAGCAUCGUGACGAAUCAAAGAAUACACUUGUAUAUGCGGAUCGCGCGAAUAGCAUUUCUACGCGUUUACAAAAUUCCGUUUAUCUCGAUGAGGUCAAAAACUUUCCCACAAAACACUACCAAAAUCUGGUAACCGAAUUACGCGAAGAGGUGACACGUCUGCGUGGUAAGAUGCUUACAGAACGGCCGCGUAGUGGUGCCGCGGCGGCUGCUGCCGCACAACCUGUGCGCACCACCGAAGAGGAUGAGAAACGUAAGACGGAGUUACGUUACUUGCGCGAGCAGAUCGUGCUCACAUUCAAGCAACAAAUGAAGCUGCGUCGCAAGCUGCUCGAAGCGGAGAGUCAUUUGCUUGGUUUGGAGCUCGAUGCCGAGCGUCAGCAUAUGAUCAUAUCACACUGGCAAGGACGCAUGGGUAAACUUUACGAUUCACCAGCAGACGACGAUAUUGAAUCUGAAGGUGCGAUUGCAUUGAAAAAUGCUUGGGGUGAGCUUUCGGCAAUCGAGAAAGAGACACGACGUUACAAAGAGAUACGUGAGCGUACUGAGCAGGAACUCGAAUUGUGUCGACAAAAAGGCGUGCAGUUGGAAGAUGAACUGCCCGAACGUAUUACCAGCGACGAAGAACGCGAACUAUUGGCGCUACUUUGUCGCGUACAUGAAUUGGAAGCUGAUAAAGUAUCACUACAAGCUGAGCGUCUAGCAAGACAGGCUGAGUUGAGGCGACGCGACCUGCAGCUCUUGCGCGCCGAGCGUCAACGGCGUUUGUGUGAGGAUAUUAUAAGCUCACAACGUCGUUUGAUUGAGGAAGGCAAUGUCGAAUUGCCCGACGAGCUGCGCGAACUUUACGGUUUAUACCAACAGGAGAUACAUGCUGGCGUUGUUACACCGGCUACAUCUUAUGAGCGCAAAUUGCCACCCAUCUACACAGCUGGUUCCGAAUCUCCCGGCUCUAGUUCCAGCUCUGAAUGGUCUCCUGGUUCACCGUUGCCACCGAUCGACAGUCAAGUACUUAGCGCUUUUCAAGAUGGACCGGAUCGUCAUAUGGGACCACUUGUUAAUCCACGUUUACCGAAAUUAUCCGCGACAACUACACCGGCUACACGACGUGGCACCGCAAUACGUAUGGCUAAACAUGCGCCCAACAACACUUAAGUCCCGAGAAUGAGCAACCGAGAAACAAGAAGCCUAUAAAAGCACAAGGAAUUAGUUAAUUUGUAGAAAUUUAGACAUAGGCGAACGAAUAAGUUUUUGCUCAGGGAAAUUCGAUGUACUUUAUUUGAUUAUUUUUUGAAAGACAUGACAAGUUUGAAAAGUUUUGUCAGAAACUCUUGUUCAUGCAAUAAUUUUUAAGCUGAACUUUGCAAUUUAAUGUAAAAUAGUAAAUGUAGAAUUUGAAAUAAAGCGCACAAACGCAUAUUGAACUAAAGGGAUUGUAUAUGUCUUUGGGCGAGAACGGGAAUUGGUCUUUUUUGAGUACAAGAUCAAAUUUAGUAAAUAAUUUUCAGCUUUAAUGAAAUUGACACAGUCAUAUGAAGCCACUUAACGACCUUUGAAGUGGUCGCAUGUCGGUUAUUGAUCUGUCACGCCCAGUUAUUCGGAAGUAAUGUCCUUUUUGCUAUAAUGUAGGAU